CGAUGAUGACGCUCCCGAGGACGAGAACGAAGAGGAAACAAAACCCGAGAGUGAAGCUAUCCUGCGCAAAGACAUCCCGAAACCUGCUGCGAUAGUUAGAAUGUAUAACCCAAGGGUAAUCAUAAAUAUGCUAGCGCUCGUAUUUUUAGACGGGUUCUGCAUACAGGACAGGCUUUGCUUGGACCAAAAAAAAUAAUAUUGGUAAAAGCGUUUUGCGGUUUUUGUUCACAGCACUCACACUAAACAUGUCGUGUUUGAGAUUUCGUUUUUUGCACAGGAUAGACAAACACAAACCGGAAGACUUGAUAAAGUACGACAUGGUCGAGAAGGAUGCGGCACUAAGGAUACGACACAGUGGUACGAAGGAUGCGGCAGCGGAGAACAAGGAUAAUAAACCUACUUCCGAAUCUUCCGAUAGUACAGCUGCGGGUGCGCAAAUAGAUGCGAGUAAAGACGCAAGUACAGUAGACGAAGCAAAAAAAACUGACGAAUCCGGGAGUAAGUCGACUGAGUCAACAACAUCCACAGCUGCUCCCGAGGACGAGUCAACAACAUCCACAGGCGAUGAUGACGCUCCCGAGGACGAGAACGAAGAGGAAACAAAACCCGAGAAUGAAGCUAUCCUGCGCAAAGACGUCCCGAAACCUGCUGCGAUAGUUAGAAUGUAUAACCCAAGGGUAAUCAUAAAUAUGCUAGCGCUCGUAUUUUUAGACGGGUUCUGCAUACAGGACAGGCUUUGCUUGGACCAAAAAAAAUAAUAUUGGUAAAAGCGUUUUGCGGUUUUUGUUCACAGCACUCACACUAAACAUGUCGUGUUUGAGAUUUCGUUUUUUGCACAGGAUAGACAAACACAAACCGGAAGACUUGAUAAAGUACGACAUGGUCGAGAAGGAUGCGGCACUAAGGAUACGACACAGUGGUACGAAGGAUGCGGCAGCGGAGAACAAGGAUAAUAAACCUACUUCCGAAUCUUCCGAUAGUACAGCUGCGGGUGCGCAAAUAGAUGCGAGUAAAGACGCAAGUACAGUAGACGAAGCAAAAAAAACUGACGAAUCCGGGAGUAAGUCGACUGACGGGUCAACAACAUCCACAGGCGAUGCUGAAGUUCCCGAGGACGAAGAGGACGAGAAAACAAAGCCUGAUAAUGAAGCUAUCCUGCGCUAAAACGUCCCUCACACUCCGAUAGUCAACUUUUGAACUCUGGUUGUCUGGUAAAACUACAAAGCACUGGGUAUGCAAGCGCCCACAUCAGACAGGUCAUGCACAGAUAGGCUUUGCAUGCACCGCAAGAGGUAAACAGUUGCGUCUACGUUUGCUAAACGUAGACGCGGAGCCUUCUGCGUUUUCUUGUUCAUACCACAACAAAAAAAUCGUGUUUGGGAUUCAGUUUUUUGCACACAGGAUAGACAAACCGGAAGACUUGAUAAAGUACGACACCGUCGGCGGCUUGACGCAGAAAUCGAAAAUCAACAACGACGACACGCCAGGACCAAAAGAGCCCGACAAAGAUCCGGAGUUGGAUAAAAUUGAGGACGGAAACAGCAGGAACUUGAACGAGGAAGAAGAGUCGGCGCUUUUUUUCUUCCUGCAAGCGUGGAAACCGAAACUAAAGCCCGGGUAUUCGGGCGCGAACUCCGUUUUUGCGACUGGAGGUGGAAACAAGAGUGGUAGUAAUGAAAAGCCGCUAGAAGACAAGUUCGAGAUUGCGCCGGAGAGGAGAUUGUGGGUGAAGGAGGUGGUGGAAAAUGGUAAGAAGAUUGAAGGCAGGAAAGCAGCAGGAGCUGUGCACCAACUUUUUACAACGGGAACGCUUGGGGGGAAGAGCAAGGCGAACGCUGCGGAAAAAGUGGAUAAUUACAAGGCAAAAGCGAAAAAGUCCACCACCGAGCAAGCAGAACUACCCAAACAAGGCGAGAACAAUGAUGGCAAUAACAGCACAAAGAACGCAAAUGCUUCUAGUGGCGAAAAGGACGGCACAGACGCUCCUGCUGGUGAGAAGGAAGACUUGGUGAAGAGCACCGGCGAUAAGGCUUCCGAGGACGAGGGAAAAAACGUAAACGAGGAUAGUACAACAACCAAAGAACAAGAAGAAAAAGAUGACGAAGACGAUACAGCUACGAACAAAAGCGGCGACAGCAAUAAACCGGACGAGAACACGCAGAGCACCCCCGGCGAUAACGAUAUUAAUUCCAAGGACGAGGGAAAAAACGUAAACGAGGAUAGUACAACAACCAAAGAACAAGAAGAAAAAGAUGACGAAGACGAUACAGCUACGAACAAAAGCGGCGACAGCAAUAAACCGGACGAGAACACGCAGAGCACCCCCGGCGAUAACGAUAUUAAUUCCAAGGACGAGGGAAAAAACGUAAACGAGGAUAGUACAACAACCAAAGAACAAGAAGAAAAAGAUGACGAAGACGAUACAGCUACGAACAAAAGCGGCGACAGCAAUAAACCGGACGAGAACACGCAGAGCACCCCCGGCGAUAACGAUAUUAAUUCCAAGGACGAGGGAAAAAACGUAAACGAGGAUAGUACAACAACCAAAGAACAAGAAGAAAAAGAUGACGAAGACGAUACAGCUACGAACAAAAGCGGCGACAGCAAUAAACCGGACGAGAACACGCAGAGCACCCCCGGCGAUAACGAUAUUAAUUCCAAGGACGAGCGAACAAACGCAAAUGAGGAUAGUAGUACAACUUCCAAAGAAGAUGA